GGACUUCCGUAGACUAGAAGCGUUCGACCGUAGGAGGCUCGCGCCGUGUUGAUUGCCGGCGGGCAGAGGUAGGGGCCUCGUUCUUUCCAUCUUCGGGCCCACUGCCUGGCCACCGGGAUGGCAGGCCAAGUCAUGAGGGGCUAGACCCUUCUUCCUCGGGUAGCCAUCCAAAACGGGCACGACAAAGGUAGAACCUGUGAAAAAGAAUCGCGCAACGAGGAGCAGGGGCUUAGGCUAAUGUUGGCCCCUCGCCUUUCUGGUAGGUUUCUCCCUUUUUGGUUUCGUCUCUUGUCGUUGUUGCUGUCUCUUCUUUGUUGCUUUGGGACCACUUGCCGCCCCUUUUUCCCCUUCGUGUCCUCCCUCGGCGCGCUGUCCUCGUCUCUCGCCUGCCCUCUUGGCGCCUUCUCCUCUUUCUUUCCACUCCGGGGACCUGGAGCGGCCCCCCGCCGGUCUUUUUUCUUCUCCUUUCUCCAUUUUGGGGGCUGUCUUCGCUUCCUCUCUUUCCCUGGGUUCUUCGGGCUGUUUCGCUGGGCUUUACGCUGGGCUCCUUUGCGCUCCUUGUCUGUCGUCUUGCUCUUCUUCUCUUUGUCUUUUCCCUCGGGCUUUGCCUUUCCCCUUCUGCUCCUUUUCUUCGUUCUCUCCCGCGUUUUCUUUCUUCUUCUCUUCUACUUCCUUGCAGCGGGUGGCCCAUCCAUCUUUUUGCAUUCUUCACACCACGCGGCCGGGCUUUCUGCCUGUCAGCUGCGUGCCCUCUCCUUGUAGGGGCAAGCGUUUACCUUCGUCGUCGGGUCUUCAUAGCACACCCGCUUGCUUCGUCUUGUGGUAUGCCUCCCAUCUUUUCUCGUCUUUUCUGACCCUUUUGGCGCGCUCGGCCAGUCCCAUGCUUCACCUGGCAGGCACAACGAGGAGCAAGGAGAAGCAGGAGCGACGCUCGGGCCAAUGUUGGCCCCUCGCCCUCCCGGUGGGUCUUUCUCCCCCCGGAGACAGGCAGACAGGCUCCACCAGAGAACCUUCCCUCUUAGAGAGUCUCUGAUACAUUUUCGGACCCUCUGCCCCUCUGUCUUCCAGCUUCUCUCUCUGCCUCCUGAACAUUGUGUAUGCCCCGGGGCGGCUUUUCUGGCUCUGUGGUCUUCGAGACUGGCUAGUAGCCCCGAGCCAGAUGCUUGCAUUAGUGGCGGUGAAUCUUGUCUAUAGCGUGGCCACUAGAUGGCAGAAUAGUCUGUAACUUUCCAACUACUUUGCAUUCUUGUUGCUUUUUGGUUCUUCCUUGGUUAGAUCGGUGCCAUGACAUUUUAGCGAUCGCACGCGGGCUCCCGCUCCGUUUGUCGGGGUUUCACGCAUGCGCCCGCCGCUGCUCUGGUGUCCGUUUUUUGAUUUGCUUCCGCUUUGUCAUAGAAGCAAGUGCGCGCUGCCACAGUUUUCAGUGGGUGCCCGCGGAGGACACAAGGCUGGUGAGGACUAAAUUUGUAAAAGAAUCGUUUUCCCUUGGUGAUGCGGUCACUGUGUAUGCCCAUGUUGCUAUCUUAUUUUCCUGCUUAGAUUAGGGCGGACUUAUAAUUUGAUACGAACAGCCUUCCGCGAAGAAAUUCCGGGAGGGACCGUUGGCGGGCCGUGCAGUCA